UGUCUCCGGACAGUUAGCGACGCGAUUGGUCGUGAGCUGGAUGACGUCAGGGGCGGGGUCCGGGCCGAGAAUGGGGGCAGCAUGUCGCGGCUCGGCCUCCUGUGCUUGGGGCUGUGGAGGAGUCCGGCUAUGAGCUGGUUGGUUUUGGAGCCUCGACCCCCGGGGAAGCGUUGGCUGGUGGCUGGUCUGGGGAACCCUGGACUGCCUAGCACUCGGCACAGCGUGGGCAUGGCGGUGCUAGGGCAGCUGGCGCGGCGGCUAGGUGUGGCGGAGAGUUGGGCACGCGAUCGGCGCUGCGCCGCCGACCUAGCUCUUGCCCCGCUCGGGGAUGUCCAGCUGGUCCUGCUCCGGCCACGGCGGCUCAUGAACGCCAACGGGCGCAGCGUGGCCCGGGCUGCGGAGUUGUUUGGGCUGACUGCAGAAGAGGUCUACCUGGUGCAUGAUGAGCUGGACAAGCCCUUGGGGAAACUGGCUCUGAAGCUAGGGGGCAGCGCCAGGGGCCACAAUGGAGUCCGUUCCUGCAUUAGCUGCCUCAACUCCAGUGCAAUGCCAAGGCUUCGGGUGGGCAUUGGGCGCCCGACGAACCCUGAGGCGGUACAGGCACAUGUGCUAGGCUGUUUCUCCCCUGAGGAGCAGGAGCUGCUGCCUUUGUUGCUGGAUCGAGCCACCGACCUGCUCCUGGACCACAUCCGUGAGCGAAGCCAGGCGGCCCCAGCGGGUGUCAGCCCCUGAUACCAGUGUCCAUUGCUGCCUGCCUGACUACAGUGCCCCAAACCUAGCCACGGCCAUAGAGCUGACACACCAACCUUGGAAUCCACUGUUUAUACACUGUUCUCUGGGCUGCUCUGGAGGACCCACAGAUUAAAGGCAGGGGACUGUGGCUAGAACGGUCCGUUUCUGGAGUA